AUGGGGGAAAACGACGACAGCGACAUAAUAGAGCACCAUGUUGAGGAGGAGAUGGAGAAGAAAGGCACGCGGAGUCACGCCGCCUCCUCCUCUUCGUUCCCCGAUAGCGUCACUGCGUCCGAGAGAGAGGGCCACAGCGGCACCCAGUCCUCGCACAGACUGCUGGCUUACAGCGAUGCCCUCAUCUCCAUCAUCGCCACCGUCAUGGUAAUUCAGCGAGCUUCAUACCUGAGGAUCUGGUUAGUGGGCAGCGUGGUGGUUUGUACUGCAGAGACGUCUAACCACGUGACGGGAGCGAGGACGGAAGCAUCAGUAGCAUCACUUCAUAGUUAUUCACACAUCAGAAUAUUACCUGUCGCCCAUACAAAGAUGGAAGAUAAUGAGGAGCUGAGAGAGAGUGUUCAGCUUCUGCUUACAACAAAAAUUGCUGUUUACUUAAUGACAUUCCUGAUUGUAACUGUUGCUUGGGCUUCUCAUAUCAGGUUAUUUCAAGUAAUUGUACGCAUUGACGAUUGUCUUGCCCUGCUGAACCUUGCCUGCAUGAUGCUGAUAACCUUUCUACCGUACACAUUCUCCCUCAUGGCAACCUUCCCUGAGAACGUCCUCGGGAUUUUACUCUUCUGUGGUUGUGUGAUGGUCAUGGGUGUCAUUCAGUCGGUGAUUGUGGUGUACGCCUUCAGCCGUCCCUUCCUGCUGAACGAACAGAUCCAGAUCUCCGAGAACCAGACCUUCUACAAACACCACAUCCUCAAAGUCAUCAUGCGGGUUCCCCUCAUGUGCCUCUUUGCCAGCAUAUUCUCCUUCAUCUUCUUCCAGCUGUCUUAUGUGUUGUUGGCGAUUGUCAUCUUCCUGCCAUACAUCUCCCAGUCUUUAAAGUGGUGUCGCAGCAAAGCAAUUGGUCAGGUGGAGGAGACUCCUGACUCCAUGUUGUUCUACACCUACCUACCCAAUGAGCCUCUCAGCAAGGAGCGAGUGGAGGCUUUCAGUGAUGGGGUUUAUGCCAUUGUAGCAACACUCCUCAUCCUUGAUAUAUGUGAGGACAAUGUUCCAGACCCCACCGUUGUGCAGAAGCGGUUUGGCGGCAGCCUGAUAGCAGCUCUUCAAGUCUAUGGCCCAGAGUACCUCGCCUACUUCGGUUCAUUCGUCACCGUCGGCCUCCUGUGGUUUGUGCACCACUCGCUCUUUCUCCAUGUCACCAAGGCGACACGUUUCAUGGGCCUGCUGAACACCUUCUCACUGGCAUUUGUUGGAGGCUUGCCUUUAGCCUACCAGCUGACACAUGAAUUCCCACACAACUCUCGCAAUGAACUGGAAGCCAUUCAGAUUAGCUGUGUGAUCAUUUUCUUUGCAGGUAUAUUUCAGCUCGCUAUUUGGGUAGUCGCUCUUUAUAACGAAAAAGAAACUCUGCACCCUUAUGUACGUUAUGGUGGAUGCGAGCACGUGUUUAUGCUAGCCAAAUUGUCUCUGUAUCCCUGUGUAGCUCUGGGGACAUUUUUCCUCACCUGUAUUUUGAGUAAAUUUAGUGCCCCAAUUUUCCACCUGAUGGAGAUUACAGUGCCUUUUGCUUUUCUUGUGUUGAGGCUGUUGGUGCGUGUUGGACUAGCUCUGCUACGGCUCAUUUUCUGCCCCGACAGGCGCGACCCCAGGUCUGUUGUGGAAGAGGUAGACGACGAGGCAAGAGUGCCAUUCAACGCUGUGGUUACUUAGCUAGCUUGAAGGGAAGUGGUUAGAGAAAAUUAAAUUAACUGACAGAGGGGUGAAGCAUUAGUAAAAUGCCUGAUCUCUGAAAUGGUUACUCUAAGGCUUUGAAUUGGAAACCACCACAAGGAAAAGAAGAUGGCUCCCUUUUCAACACUCAGACUGGUGUGAAUCUACAGAAGGAAUCACUGCUAAUGGGAUUUGUUGUGACCUCACAUGGUGAAGGCAAGGUAUAGAAGGUGUAGAGAUUUAGAAAACAUGCAGGCAGUGAAGAAUAUCGACAGCCAAAGCCUAGCCAUUCAUUUAAAAUAUUGUAAACAAUAACUUGAAGGGUAUACUAAUGUUACUUUUUAUUGGUUAAUAAUGAAAACAAUUAUCUUCAGGGACUGCAAAGCUUAGUUUCAAAUGAUCCAGACGGAGUUUCCCGCCUUGAUUCAGAAGUCCCAGAGUAACAAAAGGUAUAAAAUGAGAACAGCUAAUUUUUGUUUUCACUGAUGCCUUGAAAUCUCAGUCCGUCCAUCAGCUAGUUUUAAUUCAGCCAUGAUUAUUAUUAUUAUUAUUAUUAUUAUUAUUUUUUACCGAGACAAGAUUUUCUUAAUAUGUUCAGACAAUUACAGAAAUUCAUACAUGAGAGCUGAUGGCAGAAGGAUUUCAGUACUUUGUGUACUUCCAUUUUUGACAAUGACAAGUUUGUUUUCUCGUUUCUUGUCUCCCUUUCCCCCAGUAUACAUGCUGAGGUUUAUCUGUGAGCAAAUAAGCAUGGGUUUAAGUCUGUAGUUUUCAGCACUUUAAACACUGGACUGAUACGGCCAUAAAAUUUCAAAUUGCACUUUUUUGAAGUAUUUUGAUUCAGAUAUUUGUGUGUGUUGCCUACUGGAAUGUAAUAUCACCUUUUUGAAUAUGUUCCUGUGCUGUUAUAUUUCUACCAUUCUCAAAUGACCCCUAAAACCUUAUGUUUAAAAGUAGAAAAGGGCCAGAUUGUGCAAUGCUGUUUUUAGUUCAAGUGAUAAUGAUUUUAGGUUGAAAAUUCUGUUUUUAGAAAAUAAUGUCAACCCAAUGUUAAUAUAUUGUCAUCUGAACGAAUCAGUUAAAUCAAAACUAUCAUGCUGUUGGCACAGAGAGGUUUGUACAGUCAGGUGUGGUAUUUGUCCAUUUGUCCAGAAGGGGUCGUUGUUUUUUCUGUUAAAGCCAUUUUGAUCACUGUGAUAAUGAUGUGCUCUGCUGUGACGUACAGUUAUGUGUGUUUGAUACUGAUUCAAAGGGAACUCAUAUCUGAGAUGCACUUUAAUGGAAAGCUGUCAGGUGAUGGAGAAGCUGAAAGCUAAAAGAAUAACGAUGACAGAAAAAUGUGUGCUUAAACAAUGUGUGCAUGUGGGAAGCUUGUUGUGAUUGUGAUUGGUUGGACACUCAUUUCUUUCUUGCUUGUUUUUAGUCUGUGAAGAAUGACUGAACAGAAGCUUCCAACUUCAAGUAAUAUUUUUAUUUUGUUUGUUGCUUGUGAGGAUACAUGCCUGACCCUGUAUGUAUGUUAUGGUUUAGUCGACACUCCUCCAACAUGAUGGCUUCCUUGGUUCUCAGUGCAGGUGUUGUCUGUUUCUAAUAGCUACAUGAGUGCAAAUGCUGCAUUCACUGUUUUACACUGUGCAAAAUCUUUUUGUUUUAAAUGUCAUAUCACAAACUGUCAAGCUUUGCUUUGUGAAUAAAUGUGAAGUUCAGCAUAAAA